CCGGAAGUCCGGGCGGAGACCGUAGCUGCGCUUCUCGCGAAAGGGCAGGCAUCGCGGGGCUGGCCACUUCCGUACUUCCGCUUUCCGGCCCAGCCAGCGCCCGCGAUGACUGCCACUCUCCGCCCCUACCUGAGUGCCGUGCGGGCCACAUUGCAGGCUGCCCUCUGCCUGGAGAACUUCUCCUCCCAGGUUGUGGAACGACACAACAAGCCGGAAGUGGAAGUCAGGAGUAGCAAAGAGCUCCUGUUACAACCUGUGACCAUCAGCAGGAAUGAGAAGGAAAAGGUUCUGAUUGAGGGCUCCAUCAACUCUGUCCGGGUCAGCAUUGCUGUGAAACAGGCUGAUGAGAUCGAGAAGAUUUUAUGCCACAAGUUCAUGCGCUUCAUGAUGAUGCGAGCAGAGAACUUCUUUAUCCUUCGAAGGAAGCCUGUGGAGGGGUAUGAUAUCAGCUUUCUGAUCACCAACUUCCACACAGAGCAGAUGUACAAACACAAGUUGGUGGACUUUGUGAUCCACUUCAUGGAGGAGAUUGACAAGGAGAUCAGUGAGAUGAAGCUGUCAGUCAAUGCCCGUGCCCGCAUUGUGGCUGAAGAGUUCCUUAAGAAUGUGAGUAGGGGCCUUUCAGCUUUCCUUCCAGAGGCCAGAGGAUCUGGGGGUCAUGUUGAGAACUUAGCAUCUGGUGGGAAAGGGGUCCAAGCAGUGUGUUUACAUCUCCUGAGCUCUCUAGGACCCUUGGGGCAUAGCAGGUCAGUCAGGUGCUUUGGAGCUAGAGGACCCCAAGUUCAUCUCUGAGAGCUGCAAGGCAUUUUCUGUAGUUGGGUGUCUGGGGUGGCUCUUAGUCUCUCGUAGGAACUUUGUCACUCAUUUCUACAUCUCAGGAUGUUCACAAAGUCCUUACCUCUAUCUCUUUCAAACCCCAAGUGAGGUAGGUGAAGUCUGCAUGUGAAUUUUCUAGGAGUAUAGGACAAUUAAUCAUGCUAUGAUUCCACUUCUCAAAUAGACUUCAGUACUUUCCUUCAGCAUGUUUCUCAGGCUUAAAUCAUGAUUCCUUCAACCUGUUUUCCAUCACUUGCAUGGCGUAAGUCCUCCAGAUUCCUCUUACACUGUUUAUGUCUUUCUGAUUGAAAGCACUGUAGUCAUCUGAAGAGGUAGAAUUGUUUACAUUGAUGAACUGGUGACAUAGUUCUUCGUUGUUUAGAUAUUCAGAACAUGCCUUUUUUUCUCCUUUUUCCAAACAAUCUUUGGUUUGUUGACAUGUGCCACCCAGAGUGGCUGUGAUCUCUAGACGGUAGACUUAGUGUGUACUCCCACCAGUAAGUACAUACCCAGUCCAGAAGGAGCUCAGAUUCCUAAAAAUGGAAAUUAUGCCCGCUUCCCUUGGGAUUUAAUUAUACUGAGGGUGGCCAGUGUACAGAGUAGCUGUGGUGGGUGCACAGGUCAGCAUGGUUGUUCAGCUCACUCAGCUGUGGAGGCAAACCACCUGUGUGGGAAUCCAGGCUCCACCGCCUACUCAGGCAUGUCACUGAACUCUCAACUAAGUCUCAGUUUCCUCAGCUGUGAAAUGAAGGUCUGGUAAUUAAUACUUAUCUUUCAGUGGUUGAGCAUUAAAUGAGACCAUGUGUGUAAAACAUAGCACCUGGUACAUAGUAAGCUUUCCGUGUAUUGCAGCACCAAAAUUUUAUGGCCAGGAUACUAGGAGGCCUCUAGAUUGAACUGGAAGGGGAAAAUAGCUCUUGUUCCAAUUGAACAUUUGGCUCACUCAUUCAACGAUCAUUUACUUAUUUAUGAUAAUUACAUCGCACAGAAUUAGAUCCCUAAAAAAGUAUGCUCACAUGUCCCAUUUAUUACUCAAAACAGUCUUUGAGUCAGCUAUUAUCGCCAUCUUAGAGAUUAAUAAACUGGGGCUUUAGAAGUAAAAGCACCUGUCCAAAGUCCCUCAGCCAGUAAGAGGAGGAACCAGAAUGUGGAGCUGGGUUUUCGGACUCAGAGGUCUAAGAAAGUACCAUAGCCUUUGUCAAGGGUCACAAAUUCAGGUGCAUCCAAAGGUCGGGUAGCUAUGGAGUGGGCUGAGUAUGGAGUGGGCAGGGUGAGGAGCUGCUGAGCGCAUGCCUCGUGCAGGGGCUGGCUCCCACACAGCUCCAGGCCAUUGAACCCCCAAAUUUGGAUUUGUAUAUGGCAUCUUCCAUGUUUUCAAGGUUGGCAGCUAAUUCAUAUUGUUUCAAACACCACGUGGGCCAUACAGUGCUCAUCUUUGGGCUAGUUUCAGGCAUGGGCCAUUGGUUCACAACCUUUGGUCUCUAAAAUGUGCAGGGCUGUCCUAGGCAGUAUGGGGGACCCUUGAGGGCAGAAAACAUUUCAAGGGCCUGGCUUGGUUGGAGGUUCAUCCAGCGCUUGACACAAAAGUACCAGAACCUGGGUCCUUUUCCACUUGGCCCUCUGAGUCCCCAGGCCCCUUGCAUGAGAGCCCCCAUGCCUAAAGAAAGCAACAUCAGUUCACCAGGCAGGACGCUGGCAGGGCUUUCUAGCAGCCUCCAUGCCAGGGCACAAGGGAGCUGUGGAGAAGCUCUCAUGGCUCUUAAUUUUUCUGCCUUAUCUAGUGCUAGGCUUAGGGCCGGUGCCCAUAGGUCACUUCUGAAAGCUGGCUGAAUUAGAGCAUGACCACAAGGUGUCCUGGGACCCAACUCUGCCCCUCACAGAUACGAGCACAGUGGCAGCUCUCAGGUUCAUGCACCUCCUUAGAGCAGUCCCACCAGGAUGCAAUAAUAACCACCAUGCACUGCCUCUUGGUUCUCUUGACAGUUUUAAACCAUCUGGCUGGAUCUCGUGGCCUUCCCCCUCAGACUACCCAUGUCUCCACGAAGGCGUCCUGGAGUCACUCCCCAGAGCAGCAGCGGUGGCGGCAGGGAGUUGGGUUGGGGUGGGCAUUCGAUGCGGGAGGUGGGUGGUGUGCUUGCUAGCUGGGCAAGAAAGCAGCAGUGGACCUGCCCCAAGGCCACAUGUGCCUGGUCAGGCUGGCUUCUGAUGUUCAGUCCCCUGGGCCGGGACAGAUUUUUUUUAACGUCUUGAAACUUAAACUCUGUGCUUGUAGGAUACUGUAACCUUUUUGUCUUUUUUUUUUUUUUUUUUUAAACCUCCACCUCCAGUGGCUGUGACUGGUCCCAGUGAUUAUACGUUAUUGGUUGCUGUGGGUCUGGGCGGGCCUGGAGCCAGAAGGCGACUUAUUUUUUCUCUCCUAUGUCACCCCAGGUGGAGAGGGAGGGAGGUUUCAGACUCCAGUUCUCUCCCUUGCCCUUUUAUUCCCAAGCCUCCUUGGCCCCAGUAUAAGUGUUGGGAACUCUCUGCCAGCUUCCUGAGUUCUGCCUGAAGAUGGCCCCCCCAGCACUGGUUGGGGACAAGGGCCAAAUUGGUGACCACCAGUCAUGCCUAGGACCUGGGGCCCAAAAGCCAGGCAACCUCUGGCUACAGGGGCCAUUGGGUGCCCUCCCAGUUGAGAGGGGCCGCUGUUUCGCCUUGUCCGUCAGUGCCAGUGCCUGUGCCGGAGGUGGUGAGGUGAGUCCUCCAGAGCUUCCUGGCCGGGCCCUCCUCCUGCCUGUUCUGGCUCCUCUGCUCCCACGCUAGCUGUCCCUUUUCUGAUUCUGGUGGAUCCUCCCUCCCCUAAUUAAAGUCUCUUUUUGCCCCUUUGGGGCUGCAUGAGGUC